CCUCUUCGAUUAUACAAUACAACAAAACAAACUCAAAUCCAGUUCAUCGAGAUUUAAAGAAAGAAAGUUUACGAUCUCAUCAUGUCUUCCUUCCCAGGUAGGAACAUUUAUAGCAUCCCAACUCAAUUCACUUCCAUACCAUAUUUAACCGAAGCCAAUUAUCCUAAAUGGAAAGAGUCUAUUGAGAUUUUCUUAGGUUGUAUGAACUUGGACCUUGCCCUAGAAAAGGAAGAACCUCCUAAGCCUUCUGAUACCAGUACAGAGUCAGAAAUUACACACCAUGAUGCUUGGGUCAACUCUAAUAGAAUGUGUCUCAAAAUACUAAAGUAUGUGAUUCCUGAAACAAUGAAAGGUGACAUGCCUGACACCGAGAAUGCCAAGGAAUUCCUAAUUGAAAUAGAAAAUCAAACUAAGAAAGUGAAGAAAGCAGAGACAGGUUCACUUUUGUACAAAUUGACUAGUGCAUCAUAUAACGGCCAAGGAAAUAUUCGAGAAUACAUUUUUGGGUUGAUUGAUGUGGUUUCAAAACUUCGCGGAUUGGGCCAAAAUAUAGAAGAUGAAUUUGUGGUUUUCUUAGUUUUAAAUUCUCUCCCUCCUGAGUUUGAUCUAUUUCGAAUCAAUUAUAAUAUUCAAAAGGAGAAAUGGACGUUGAAUGAACUGGUUUCUCAGUGUGUCCAAGAGGAAGAGAGGCUCAAUUAUAAUGCACAUCUUGUAACCUCUAAACAAGGACUUAGUAAAAACAAAAAAAGGAAACAACAUAUUGAAAAACAAGCUGUAAGUUCUAUAGCCGACAGUCAGCCUCAAUAUGAAAAUCAAUCAAAGGAAAAGGAAGCUAUGAAGGUGAUCUACUGAGUGCAUUAAAUUUCAGGAAUGACUCUUAAAGAAAGGAUAUGCUCUAGCGAGACAGAGAUCAACUGAUGCUGAAAAAUGAACCUAUAUGGGCAAUGAUAUAAGGGCAAAUAAGGAGAAAAUUGAGUUCAUAGGCUUAAGUUAUGGUCAUUCAAUUUUUGAAUAUUAUUUAUCUUCUAUAAGGUGUAAUUUAAUUUAUGUUUUUCUUCAGAUAAUAUGGUUAUGCAUUUAAAAUUGAAAAUGAAAAUCUUAGUAUUUUUUUUUAUUAUUAUUUGAAUGUGAUUAGCACUAGUAAUUUAGAUAAUAACCUUUUUCAAUUGGACUUUAAUGCUUCAUAUGUCUUUAGCAUUUGUUAUUUGCAU